AAAUAUAUAUAUACAUACCGUAUCAUUAUAGUCAUUCCUAUAGAUGUAAGAACACCGGCUAUCGUCCAUGUUUGUUUGAUGACUUGCUGAAAGACUAGGGAAGAGUACAAGAUGCCAGAUCACUUAGGUGCAGACCAAAGGAAAGUUAGGGACAAUAAGGAGGAGGAAGAUAAACCAAUUCAGGCUUUGGAUGAAGGUGAUAUAGCUCUCCUGAAGACCUAUGGUGUGGGGCAGUACAGUAAAUCCAUCAAGUCAUGUGAGGAAGACAUUCAAAACAUUAUGAAGAGGGUCAACGAGCUGUCAGGUAUCAAGGAGUCUGACACAGGAUUAGCCCCUCCAGCACUGUGGGAUCUGGCAGCUGACAAACAGACAUUACAGAGUGAGCAGCCUUUACAGGUGGCUAGGUGUACCAAAAUCAUCAAUGCAGACUCUGACGAUCCAAAAUACAUAAUAAACGUCAAACAGUUCGCUAAAUUUGUUGUGGACUUGGGCGACCAGGUGGCACCUACAGAUAUUGAGGAGGGCAUGAGAGUUGGUGUCGACAGGAAUAAGUACCAGAUACACAUACCACUGCCACCGAAGAUCGAUCCAUCAGUGACCAUGAUGCAGGUCGAGGAGAAACCAGAUGUUACAUACAGUGACGUUGGAGGCUGUAAGGAACAGAUAGACAAACUUCGCGAGGUUGUGGAAACUCCUCUUCUACAUCCUGAGAAGUUUGUGAACCUUGGUAUUGAGCCCCCAAAAGGAGUGUUGCUAUUUGGACCUCCUGGAACAGGAAAGACACUUUGUGCCCGAGCAGUUGCCAACAGGACAGAUGCCUGUUUCAUUAGGGUCAUAGGAUCAGAACUGGUUCAGAAAUAUGUUGGAGAAGGGGCAAGAAUGGUUCGUGAAUUAUUUGAGAUGGCCAGAUCUAAGAAAGCAUGCAUCAUCUUUUUUGAUGAAAUUGAUGCCAUUGGAGGGGCCCGGUUUGACGAUGGUGCUGGUGGAGACAAUGAGGUACAGAGGACCAUGUUGGAACUGAUCAACCAGCUUGAUGGGUUUGACCCACGUGGAAACAUUAAAGUUCUUAUGGCAACAAACAGACCUGACACACUUGAUCCCGCCCUGAUGAGACCUGGUCGUCUCGACCGUAAAAUUGAGUUUGGCCUUCCAGAUCUUGAGGGAAGGUCACAUAUCUUCAAAAUCCAUGCCCGAUCUAUGAGUGUAGAAAAAGAUAUACGAUAUGAGCUUUUAGCAAGACUUUGUCCAAACAGCACAGGAGCUGAGAUUCGCAGUGUUUGCACAGAAGCUGGUAUGUUUGCCAUCAGAGCACGAAGAAAAAUGGCGACGGAAAAAGAUUUCUUGGAAGCUGUAAACAAAGUAAUCAAAGCAUACGCCAAGUUCAGUGCCACACCAAGGUACAUGACAUACAAUUAGACACAGAAUUCAGUGUCAGCUUGAGAAACAGGAUGGUCAAGGCAUAGAUUUACAGCUGAGAAUCCUUCUCAAAAAGCUGUUUGAUCUGUGAUGGAAUCUCCUUCAAAUCUUCAUGGGUCAUUUGGAAGUACCUAGAACGACAAUUUUCUUAUUGUCAAGGAAUAGUGCUGGAACAUUUGUUGUAUAAGACUAACUUUAAGAAAAUUAUUAUUAAAAAAUUUCAUAAUAGGGAUAUGAAAUCAUCAGAAAUGUCUCCCUUGUGGGUCAAACAAAAUGUGAACAACAGAUCAAUCAUACCUAUGUAUUGAGAGCAUGCCUUGUGUUAUAGAUGAGAUCAGGGAUGUAUAUUGUAUGUUUUGAUUCUAAUCUGUGUCUAUUGUUUAAAGGAUACUACAAAUUGCGACCCAAAGAAACUUCUGGUGUUAAUUUAAUGUGUAACAACCUACAUUGAAGAGAUUACAUUAAGAUAGGAAUGACAAGAUGAGAGAUGCACAAUUUGAUGUAGAUCAUUUCCAGAUUAUUUACAUUUAUGUGAGAUGCAGACUGAGUGUGACUGUGAGGCAGGAUUGAACUUAUUUAGAUAUUUUGUGAUUUCAUUGAAUAAGUUAUUCAUGACAGAUGUGUGAAAGAAUUGCUACGUGUUCAACUAGUACAUGUAAUAAAUAAUGUUUUGCAAAACAAA